GUGAUCGAGGUCAUUUCUUACCAAAUGUUGGUUGAAGGUCUCGAGUCCAGACUUGUGGUGCCUCAGGGUCCUUUAGAUCUCAUGUCUGAGUAUAUCUGCAGCACCGUGUGACCUCUGCAGCUGGCGAUCAGGAGAGGAAGUAGCCGCAUUUGUGCGUUUGUAAAAAUGGCACUGCCCACCGAAGUCGUAUGAUCGGACAUGGACGUCGACGGCCUCGCCAACGCCACACUGGCCAAGCUCCACAUCUACCCGCCGUCUGAUGCCAACUUCAGUUACCAUGACUACAACUCCAGCACCACCUCGGCGCUCCCAGCCCUGACCACGCAGGCUUUUGAGGGAGUUGGUUUUCUGGAGGACCCCAUUAAGCUGCCGAGUGUUCAGGUGGUUCUUAUUCUGGCCUACAGCACCAUUAUAGCUGGGGUUCUGGGUAAUUCUCUGGUCAUCUACGUCAUCUACCGCUUCAGGACGCUGCGCACCGUCACCAACUUCUUCAUCGCCAACCUGGCUGUUGCCGACUUGUUGGUCAACACUCUGUGCCUCCCUUUCACCCUCGUCUACACGCUGCUCAGAGAGUGGAAAUUCGGUGGUGCCCUGUGCUUCUUGUUACCUUACGCCCAGGGGCUCGCCGUGUAUGUCUCCACGCUAACGCUCAACGUCAUAGCCCUCGACCGCCACAGGUGUAUCGUGUACCACCUGGAGACGAGGAUGCGAAAGGACGUCUGUUUCGGUGUGAUUGCAUUGACCUGGGUGCUGAGCGCCGUCCUUGCCAGUCCCCUGGCGAUUUUCAGAGAGUAUAGAUCCUUCACGCUAGAGCCCGGAAACACCAUCCAGGUCUGCAUGGAGAAGUGGCCCGGUAAAAAUGCCGAUGGCACAAUCUACAGCAUCUCGAUUUUGAUCCUGCAGUACUUGCCCUUGUCCAUCAUUUCUUUUGCCUACGCACGAAUAUGGUCCAAACUCCGUGGACAUGUCAGCCCAGCAGUUAAUGGUGCCAAUGCCUCUUGUGCCGGUGGCGGUGCAGGAUCAGAGCGCCACCGCCGGCGCCGUAAGACCACCAAGAUGUUGGUGACCAUGGUGGUAGUGUUUGCUGUCAGCUGGUUGCCCUUCCACGCCUUCCAGUUGGCCACCGACAUCGACAGCUCGGUGCUGGACAUGCGUGACUUCCACCUGCUCUACACCAUCUUCCAUGUCAUCGCCAUGUGCUCCACGUUUGCCAACCCGCUGCUGUACGGUUGGAUGAACCGCAACUACCGUGCCGCUUUCCUUGCCGUCUUCAAGUGUCGGGGAGAAGGAGAGGGGGGGAGGAGCAGUCGGCUGGAUAGUAUCCAUCCCAUCGGUGGAGGAGGAGGGCGAGGGAAGAAGAUGGUGCUAGAAGCGCAGGAUGUGGUGUCAACCCGCCUAAACGCAACGGACGUUUGAGAGCCUGAGAGAGGCGACGCGAAAAUGACAGCACAGUGAGAGACGAUAAGCCAUUGAGGGAGUCGGGAAGAUAAAACUAUCAGGACGCUGGAAGGACACAAACUUCACAGUCGGGAAAUGAGAUUCAAGACAAAACAGGAAUGACAUUGAAUGUCUUUUGGGGAGCUUCAAGAAAAUGUUAAAAGAAACAAAAAGAAACCGAACAACUUGCAUCACAAGAGCAUGACUUCAUCGUGUCUACAUCGGGAUUUUAACCAGCAAACUUCAGCUUUUUGGGAAGGAAUUAUGUGAAGACGGUGAAGAGGUUUAUUCCCAAUCAACAAACAUGCUCACAAACAGAAAAAAAAAAUGACUGACUUGAUGUUUUUUCAAAUCAUGUGGGGAAAAAAAGCUUUAUUCCACCUUCAUGUCUGCACGCAACACAUUUACUUCCUGUAUUUAAACCAGAGUGGCUUAUGACGAGUGAUGUGGCACAAGCUGAUUGGCUGCAUGUUUUUUUUUAAGGUGAUAU